CCUUUUCCCACGGCUUUCACCAUUAUUUCCUCUCUCUCUCUCGAAACAAACCAGAAAAACAAACCACUCUUUCGUUCGCUCCGUUCGUGCCGUUGUUUUCCGCCGCUGGCUUGGUCGUUAAGCGGCGAACUGUGGCGGCAGUUGCGUCUCCGAUGGGAAAGUACAUGAAGAAAGCGAAGCCCAAAGGAGAACUCGCGCUGGUGGAGUCCACCACCACCAACACCACCACCUCCUACAUGGGGGUUCGAACCCGCGCCAAAACCCUAGCGCUCCAGAAGUCCCACCCUCAGCCCGAACACCCUCCCGCACCCGAUUCCUACCUCCAGCUUCGGAGUCGGCGCCUCCGCAAGCCUCCGAUUUCGCUCCACUCCCCCAAGCGCCAAAGACACUCCAACCCUAAAUCCCCAAUCCCCGACCCUCCCAGGCUCGGACUCGCAUCGGAGCGCGAGGAGACCGCUCUGCAUGAGAAUGCGGAGCCUCAGGAAGCCUCCUUCGGAGAAAAUGUUUUGGAUUUUGAAGGGAGAGAGAGAAGCACCAGGGAAUCCACACCUUGCAGUUUGAUAAGGGACUCGGAUACUGUCAGGACUCCAGGUUCAACUACCAGGCCUACUUGCUCAACUGAAGCCUAUCGAAGAACAGAGCAUGCAGCUAGAAGGCAAAUCCCAACCUCACGUGAAAUGGAUGAAUUCUUUGCUGAAAUUGAAGAGGCUCAGCAAAGGCAGUUCAUUGAGAAGUACAACUUCGAUCCCGUGAAUGAGAAGCCACUCCCUGGGCGUUAUGAAUGGGAAAAAUUGAAACCCUAGAAGUCUAGUGUAGUGUUCCAUCAAGACAGACAUGUUUGAAGAAGUAUCAGGGGUAGAAUUUGUUGAAAGCGGUGGUGGCGUUAUUUCCCUUUUCCAUCACCUUCUAUUUACUUGUAAAGAAAGUAGGAGUCUUAAAAAACUGUGUAGACUAAUGGUCUGUAACCUUACAGAGGUGAUGAUUACACAACAAUACAAAUCAAGGUCCUUUGUCUAACAGAUCAUUUUAAGGGGGGCAAGGGAAGGGAAGGGGUUGUAUCGCGUAGGAUUAGGGAUAAGUCAAAUUAGGUCAGUAUGAGGUACAGGAAUUUACUUAGGUUUUCUCUUGUUCUUGUAUUUUACUCAUCUUUGUCUAUACUUGUACUGAUGGAACUUGAACAAACUUUUAGAAAUAAAGACCCGAUUCCCCCACCUAAAUUUCUGUCA